GUCGGUGUUACCGGAGGCCCCUCGGGCCGCGGCGGGUCCCGCUCCCUCACCGCGCGCGCACGUGCGCCCGCCCCAGCGCCGCCGUCUCGCGAGAGGGGCGUGCACGGUUUGACCCCGCCGGCUCGCCGUAGCGCGGCGGGCAGGGCCGUGCGCUGAGCCGCCGCGGCUCCGGGCCGAGCUACGGAGCGCCGCAGCGGCCAUGCCCCGGUACGCGCAGCUGGUGAUGGGCCCGGCGGGCAGCGGGAAGAGCACGUACUGCUCCACCAUGGUGCAGCACUGCGAGGCGCUGGGCCGCGCCGUGCAGGUGGUGAACCUGGACCCGGCGGCCGAGCUCUUCAGCUACCCCGUGAUGGCAGACAUCCGUGAGCUGAUAGAAGUGGACGAUGUCAUGGAAGAUGAGUCCUUGAGGUUUGGCCCCAAUGGUGGCUUGGUGUUUUGCAUGGAAUACUUUGCCAACAACUUCAGCUGGCUGGAGGAGAGCCUCGGGCACGUGGAGGAUGACUAUGUGUUGUUUGAUUGCCCAGGUCAGAUUGAACUCUACACACACCUGCCAGUGAUGAAGCAGUUGGUGGAGCAGCUGCAGCAGUGGGAAUUCCGUGUCUGUGGAGUUUUCCUUGUGGAUUCUCAGUUCAUGGUGGAAUCUUUCAAGUUUAUCUCUGGAAUCCUGGCAGCUCUCAGUGCAAUGAUAUCUUUGGAGAUUCCACAGAUUAACGUCAUGACCAAAAUGGAUUUGCUGAGCAAGAAAGCCAAGAAGGAAAUAGAAAAGUACUUGGAUCCAGAUAUGUAUUCUAUGAUUGAAGAUUCUACAAAUAUAAUGAAAAGUAAAAGGUUUAAAAAACUGACCAAAUCUAUAUGUGGAUUGAUUGAUGACUAUGGCAUGGUUCGAUUCCUGCCCCUGGAUCGCUCUGAUGAGGAGAGCAUCAACAUCGUGCUGCAGCACAUCGACUUCACCAUUCAGUAUGGAGAGGAUCUGGAAUUUAAGGAACCAAAGGAAUGUGAAGAAGAUAAAUCUCCUCUUGUGGAUGAAUACUUUCAAGAUCGUGUGGAUGAGUAAGAAACAUGUUCAUACUGGGAGGAAAAUACUUCACUUUUUGGUAAAAAAUAAAAAUGAAAUAAAAAAACCCCAGCCCCUACACAAACACACUUGAUGUUUUAUCUGUAAAAUAACUAAUAUUUAUAAUGGAGAGUGAGUUACAUGACCUUGUAAUUACUUUAAUAAACAAUUUUUCUUUUUUACUAUG